AUGAAGGAGCAGCCCUCAUGUGCCAGCACCGGGCAUCCGAGCAUGGCGGGAGGAGGCCUACCAGAAACUGGCCAGCGAGACCCUGGAGGAACUGGACUGUUUGUUGUGACUGGCAAGGCAUUCAAGAGAGCAGAGUAUCUUAUAUUUGGAAAUAUGGUACUAAAGUUUAAGUCAGAAGUGGUCAUUGAAGAGUGUGCCUUGGACAGAGUUCUUGUGGAGAUCCCAAAUAAGCAACAUGAAGUGGAAAUUCCUUGUCCAACUCAGAAGGAAAAGGAGAAAAAGAAAAGGCCAAUGUCUCAGAUCAGUGGAGUCAAGAAACUGAUGCACAGCUCUAGCCUGACUAAUUCCAGUAUCCCAAGGUUUGGAGUUAAAACUGAGCAGGAAGAUGUCCUUGCCAAGGAACUGGAGGAGGUGAACAAAUGGGGUCUUCAUGUUUUUAGAAUAGCAGAGUUGUCUGGUAACCGGCCUCUGACUGUUAUCAUGCACACCAUUUUUCAGGAACGGGAUUUAUUAAAAACAUUUAAAAUUCCAGUAGAUACUUUAAUUACGUAUCUCAUGACUCUGGAAGACCAUUACCAUGCUGAUGUGGCCUAUCACAACAAUAUCCAUGCUGCAGAUGUUGUCCAGUCUACCCAUGUGCUGUUAUCUACACCUGCUUUGGAGGCUGUGUUUACAGAUUUGGAGAUUCUUGCAGCAAUUUUUGCCAGUGCAAUACAUGAUGUAGAUCAUCCUGGUGUGUCAAAUCAAUUUCUGAUCAAUACGAACUCCGAACUUGCCUUGAUGUACAAUGACUCCUCUGUCUUAGAGAACCAUCAUUUAGCUGUGGGCUUUAAGUUGCUUCAGGAAGAAAACUGUGACAUUUUCCAGAAUUUGACCAAAAAGCAAAGACAAUCGUUAAGGAAAAUGGUCAUUGACAUUGUACUUGCAACAGAUAUGUCAAAGCACAUGAAUCUACUGGCUGAUUUGAAAACUAUGGUGGAAACUAAGAAAGUGACAAGUUCUGGAGUUCUCCUUCUUGAUAAUUAUUCUGAUAGGAUUCAGGUCCUUCAGAAUAUGGUGCAUUGUGCUGAUCUGAGCAACCCCACGAAGCCUCUCCAGCUGUACCGCCAGUGGACGGACCGGAUCAUGGAGGAGUUCUUCCGCCAGGGAGACCGGGAGAGGGAGCGUGGCAUGGAGAUAAGUCCUAUGUGUGACAAGCACAACGCAUCCGUGGAAAAAUCACAGGUGGGCUUCAUAGACUAUAUCGUUCAUCCUCUCUGGGAGACAUGGGCAGACCUCGUACAUCCCGAUGCCCAGGACAUUUUGGACACUUUAGAAGACAAUCGUGAAUGGUACCAGAGCACAAUCCCUCAGAGCCCCUCUCCUGCACCUGACGACCAAGAGGAGGGCCGGCAGGGUCAAACUGAGAAAUUCCAGUUUGAACUAACUUUAGAGGAAGACGGCGAGUCGGACACGGAAAAGGACAGUGGGAGUCAAGUGGAAGAAGACACUAGCUGCAGCGACUCCAAGACUCUUUGUACUCAAGACUCAGAGUCUACUGAGAUUCCCCUUGAUGAACAGGUUGAAGAGGAGGCAGUGGGGGCAGAAGAGGAAAGCCAGCCCGAAGCUUGUGUAAUAGAUGAUCACUCUCCUGACACGUAACAGUGCAAAGACUUUCAUGCCUUUUUUUUUUUUUAGUAGAAAAAUUGUUUCCAAAGUGCAUGUCACAUGCCACAACCACGGUCACACCUCACUGUCAUCUGCCAGGACGUUUGUUGAACAAAACUGACCUUGACUACCCAGUCUGGCGCUCAGGAAUAUCGUAACCAGUUUUUUCACCUCCAUGUCAUCAGAGCAAGGUGGACAUCUUCACAAACAGCAUUUUAACAAGAUUUCAGCUUGGUAGAGCUGUCAAAGCAGAUAAAAUCAAUUCUAAAAUGUUUUUGAGGGAGCGUGGCUCAUCAGGCAGCCCAAAAAUCGAUUGGAUUUGGGGUUU